AUGAGCUCCUACACACCUGAGCCGCAGAUGUGCUCCACCCACUCCGGCCUGCACUACCCGCCCGAGGGGUUUAAGAUGGAGCCGCUGGCACAGGAUCUGCUGCCGCUGGCGCAGGCCUCCUCAUCGUACUCCUUGGAGGAGCAGCAGGACGCCGCAGGUGCUUCCGCUCGACCCAAAUCACAGCGUCGCGCCGGCAGUCGCGCUCCCGGCCAGGCCUCCUGCCACUGUCCCAACUGCCUGAGCGCCGAGUCUCUGGGAAACGCCGGUGAUAAACGCAAGCACCUGCACAACUGCCACAUCCCCGGCUGCGGGAAAGCCUACGUGAAGACGUCGCACCUCAAAGCGCACCUGCGCUGGCACAGUGGCGACCGGCCCUUUGUCUGCAACUGGCUGUUCUGCGGCAAGCGCUUCACGCGCUCGGACGAGCUGCAGCGCCACCUGCAGACGCACACCGGCACCAAGCGCUUCGGCUGCAGCUCGUGCCCGCGGGUCUUCCUGCGCGCCGACCACCUGGCCAAACACAUGCGCGUGCACGAGUCGCCGUGCCAAGCGGCCGAGGAGACUCGAUCCGCGGCGACCGCGGCAUCUGCGACCGCGGCAUCUGCGACAGCGACGUCACUGCUCAGAGUGAAGACGGAAUCGGAGAACUGCGACGAUGACACGGCGGUUGCGAAUGGCUAAUCGGUCGUAAGGGUCAUACGACCAAUAAGGCCUACCGUUAAACGAGAUCAUUCUGAAGGCGACUGAAAUGAACUAUAAUCACAUCUGUAAAUGAUCUGUAGAAGACGCCAUUAAGAUUAAAUU